AUGCCGCAAGCCUGUCCCAGUCACAUGGCAACCAGACUUGAUCCGGAGGUUGAGCUACAGCAGUCGGUGCUUUUCACGCCGACAGUAACGAAACAGCUGCCAUCGCCUCAAUCUCGACUCCGGUCGCCGACGUCGAACAUUCGAGCCCUCGACUCGGUUCAUCUUCAGCCUCGACAGACAGGCUUUGUCUCCCCCCCUUGUCAACUGGCCCAAUUCGGCGUUGCCGAGGGCCGGUCGUCAACGCGUCUGCCUGUGGCUGAGGAGAGGCAGGAGGAGAGGCAGGCGGAGGCAGAGGAGAAUUGUGCGGAUCCUGAGAGUCCGCGAGGCGGAAACUUUCCCGCCAUGAAGGAGAAUGAUGCGAAAUGCAGACAGACCAAGUUGGUACAGGUUCGAUUCCAACUGCCACACGAAACACCGGCUCGAGGAGAGAGCAGCGAAAACGGCCAACUUCAACCUUCACUCGAUCCGAAGACGCACAAUCUGUCCGAUCUCUCCAGUUUGCUCAACCUGUUGUUGCACUGUCCUCACGGCCGGCCCGCCACAUCGACGAUGACCCGCGAGAUCGCCUCUGCCCGGCAACCGUGUCAACUAUUUGGUGUUUCUGAGGCCGGCCAGUCGAGGUUGGAAGACGAUUGGGACGAGAAGAGGUGGUCGUCAACUCGUCAAAUGGACAUCGUCCGAACGGCAAAUGCGAAGGGGGCAACAGCGGAGUUUGGAUUGUAG